AUGACAAUCAUAAUUCAGAGUGAAGAUGAAUUUGCUAAUUAUAAACAAUUGGAAUAUUCGAUACCAUUUCAGGGUUAUCGACGAUGGGUAGCAUUUGCUUAUAUGGGUGUUAAUGCUAUCGGAUUUGCUGCUAACUUUUGGGUACUUUACACUGUCGCACCGUUACUUUUUUCUGCAACUGUUAAAGUACCAAAGAGUAUUUUAUUUUAUAUCAUAACAUUAUGCAUUUCUGAUUUAAUGAUUAUGACUGGAAUGCUUUUUCUAAUAAUUGAUAUAGUUGUUGGUACUUGGAAAUUUAGCACAUUCUCGUGUGUUGCAUACCUUGUCUUCGAAGCAAUGAAUAAAUUUGUCGCACCUGUAAUUGUGGUACUAAUUAGUCGGACAUGCUAUGUGACAGUAUGUCUCGAUCCAAAAAGUCGACGAGUAGCUGCAAGUUUAAAAUAUGCAAUAGCCCAAGUAAUUGCAUCAAUGGCACUUGUAAUGAUAAUGUUAUGGCCACUUUUUGCAUAUAGCCAAGUGUCAACGCUUUAUUUCAAUGCUAAUAUCACAUUAAGGACAGUUAAUGUAUUACGUAAAUGUACCUUUAUGCCACCAUCUGAAAUUGAACUUGGCUUUGGUAUUGUAUCAUGCAUUGCAAGUUAUGCUAUACCAUUAGGUGGUAUGAUUUAUUGGUAUGUUUCGGUGCCAUUUUUUUUAAAACGACAUGCAGGUAGUUCACUUACCUCUAACAAUUGUAGUGCAGCACCAUUACGUCGACUUAUUGCAACUGUAUUGGUACUUACAGCAGUGUAUGUGUCAUGUUGGUCACCUUAUUGGUUGAGUAUUUUUGCGCACAAAUUUAUAAAUAGGAUGAGUCGAACUGUGGUAAUAGCAUCAUAUUAUAUUCAUCUACUACCGUAUAUCAGUUGUUCCGCAUAUCCGGUCAUAUUUACGCUCCUGAACCGUCGUAUCAAAAUGGCUCGUGCGCAAAUGCAUUGGCAUCAAAAGCGAAAAAAAUUUACAUUUAUUAAAUCAAAUCAUAUAACUGAGCAAUAUUCAACUGAAGUACCAUCAUUUGGAAUAUCAAACAUUCUACGCGUUUGCUUUCAAUUUUUAUCAAAUUUUACACAUCAAAGUCAAUUAAAUUCAAAAAAUAGAUCCAAUUCAACAGCAAAUCAGAGAAAGAAAGAAAUGGAAUAUUCGAGAAGAAAUUCAAUGAAAUCACAAUUUGCUAAAGUUGCUCAAGCAAUUACAGCGAGUAAAUCAUCGUUACAGGAAGAACAACAAUCAUUGGAAUUGAUCGAAAUGCAAGAAGAUGAUUUCCUGUUGUAG